AUGGAGACCCAUGAAGAGCUUAAGAAAGGUCUCGAUGUCGAGAAAAUCAGGUCAGAAGGUGAAGACAUCGGCAUGACCACCCUAAUCGCACCAACUUCACUCAAAGACCAAUUCAACGAACUGAAAAUGAAUAGACGUGCUUUGCUGGCUGGAUCGGGUGUGUUGAACGAUACAUUCGGGCGUCGCAUCUGCUUCCUCAUUACUGUCGUUCUCACUAUUGCCGGUACACUGACCGAGCUAUUCUCCCCAAGCUGGAAAGUCUGGGUUUUGGCUAAAAUCUUUAUGGGAGCUGCAAUGGGUUCUAUGCAAGCCAACACACAAACUUACGUCUCGGAGAUCACGCCAACGUCGAUUAGAGGAGUGACACUCUCACUCUUCCAGUUUUGGAUCAUCCUGGGCCAGCUGAUUGCCUCCUGUGUUUUGGAGGGUACGAGCCACGUUGAAAAUAGUUGGUCAUGGAAAGGCGCCGUCGUAUCGCAAUUUGGACCAGCUCUAUUCUGUCUCAUAAUGUUCAUCCCUUUCGUUCCAGAGUCUCCCUAUUUCCUCGUCGCAAAGGGUAGAAUUGAUGAUGCUAGGGCCGCAAUAAUCAAGUUGCACGGAGCCGAGAGCAUCGACUUGGACGAUGUGUUAGUCCAGAUACAAGAGACGCUAGCCCACGAGCAACAAGCAAAAGAGGGCUCUUCCUCCUUCAUGGAAUGCUUGCAAGGAACAAAUCUCCGUCGCACGUUCCUGGCCUGUCUGCCUGUGGUGAUGCAAAUUUUCAUGGGUUAUCCGCUUUGCGGUAACUAUCUGUCCUACUUCCUUACUUUGUCGGGAAUGGGCAAUGCGUUCCUCGUCACUGUUAUAUCUGUCGUGUGCUCUUUGGUCUCAGCUGUUUUUGCUUUCUUCGUCAUCGAGCGUGUUGGACGCCGAAGCCAACUUCUCAUUGGUUGUUACGGUAUGCUGGUUUGUCUGUUGAUUAUCUCCCUGCUUGGAUUCCUGGGUUUCGGGGAAACUUGGAACUACCGUUCACUGGCUGCAUUCUGUAUCAUCUGGUCAGUCUUCUAUUAUGCUUCUGUCGGUGCUGUAGGCUGGACUAUUGUUGGGGAAAUCUCCUCUUCGCGUCUGCGUGCGAAGACGACAUCCCUUGCUGCGUUUUCUAGCUCCCUGUUCAAUAUGGCCUGGUCGAUUGCCAUUCCUUACUUGGUCAAUAAGGACAGCGCAAACCUCGGACCGAAGUCUGGUCUUUUAUUCUUUGGGUUUAGCAUUGUGUUGACUUUUGUCUGUUUCAUUUCCAUGCCUGAGACGAAGGGAAGAUCAUUCGCACAACUCGAUGCCUUGUUUGAAGCGCGUACACCUGCCAGAAAGUUCUAG